AUGGCAUUUUAUCUCUGCGUUGAAGCAUUUGGCAAUGGAGAAGAUCCCAACCAUCGCUGUCACUGGGGUUUUCUUCUCCAUCAUUCGCAGGAAGAUUUCGGAGACCUCUACGAGGUACAACUGAUUGACCUAAAGAAACUGUGGUACCAAGCAAACUGUCGCGAAGCAACCACUAUCAGGGAUCCUCAGGCCGUUGGGAUGUGCAAAAUUGCGGUUUUGGACGCGAAGUCUCGUUAUGCAGCUAUUAGGGUCAUUAAGGACGAACCUGCCCCAAGGGAUGGAAAAAGAAGAUGUCAGGAUUGGACUGUCGAUGUAUUAAUUUCUCUCGAGGCAGAAGAGCUGGUUGCGUCGGGGACUGCUGAGAGAUGGGGUAGACUGGUAGGGAUGACAGCAAAAGAGCUUGCAGUCGAUAGUGGAGAUAAUUGGACUGCGUUCUGA